UUCAAUGUUUCAACAGUAAGCCUUCAUGAUGGCAAGGUCAUAGCUUUGUAAUAGCACUUGUCACCACUUCUUACCAGUUGAAAACGUUCGUGAAUGAACCACUCUGUUGGUACUUACUGUUUACAGUCAGUUGUCGUAUUUUAAAAUAGUCCAGAUCUGUAGGAUAGAGACCUAAAAGUUUAAAGUAUUUUCGGUCGUUAUAUUACCGCAGCUUAGAGCAGGAUAGUAAAACAAAGUCCGAAACUAUAUUAUAGUAGGCUACCUAUCAUGUUUAUCACCUACAAUAAAGGUUACUACUGGAUUGUCUAAAAUCUUUAAUUAUCAGCCACGCAUAAAAAAAUCAAAAAUAUCACCCACAAAGUGACAUACUUCGUCGCCUAACUCAAAAGCAGAACACCUCGUGUUUAACGUCUGUCGUUUACCAGGUUUACUAUAUCCAUAGUACAUUUAAGGUAGUAAGAUAUAAAGGUUAGGCUAUUCAUUGAUGUGUACCAUUUGUUGCAGAUGUAGUGAAAAUCUAUGAGUUGACUUGUUGAAGCGGAAGAUUUUAGCCUAUUCCUAAUUUACUGAAGUAUUAAGGUUGAAUAUUACACGUCUAGCAGUUAUACAGAAACCAUUCAUUGUGUAUACUUUUUAAUUACAUGGCUUGCCACGAUUUCCUUUGUCGGGAAUAUCAGGAAACGUCUGUUCAAUAAUAUCAGCCCCGUCAGUUUUACAGAAAGACAAUUGUAUUUGAUUAAUGGCCGUUUUCUGGUGUGCGUUUUAUGCCAAACCAUUUAACGUACAUUAAGACAAGAAGAGCCACAAUUAGAUCAUCUGAACAUCGACUCUAACGAGUUUACUAUAGUUGGUAUGCCCUGUAGACAGUAGGCCUCGUUAAUUUUACAAAGACAGUUUAACGCAAGUAGACUAUUUGAAGAAGCAACCAGUACUUACGACAAUGUUAAAAGUUUCACGAAUGACCAUCAGCCAAUUAAUGAUCGUGAUCUGUCUCUCUGCAAUCUGUGUUCUUCUUUGGGAAAACCGAACUCUUAGAUGCAGGAAUGUUUCAGUUAGCCACAGACUCCGCUCUCCUGCAGAUUUUCCUUAUGAUGAACCGACUGUAAACCACACAACCAAGCCAAAGACACGACUGGUAAAUUCGAAAACUACUCUUGUCACAACACCUGUGGCCAUUACGGAGGCUACCGCGACACUAGUGCACCCGUUACAGGAAAAGCCUUUAUCUAAACCCACAGCAGUAAUCAUAUUUACAUCUAUGCGAUCAGGUUCGAGUUUUCUUGGCGAGUUAUUCAACCAACACAGCCAGGUGUUCUACAUGUUUGAACCUCUGCACGCUUUCGGAUCCUACAAAGAACAAAGGGAGAACAGGUUUCGUGCCCUACACGAUAUUAGCCGUUGUAACUUCACCAAUCUACCCAACAUGUAUAAGCAAGCGGUCGAAGGCGGAUAUGCGCCGGAUCAGUCAUCUCGGUGUGUGGAAGACAAUUUCUGCUUUAAAUUUAAAAGUCUCUUCUUAUCACGUGACACCGAUCUCUGCCAAUCGCCUUGGAAGGGGUGUAAGGUCCCGUUUGACCCACAGAUAUUGUCCCAAGUUUGUCAACGAAGUUUGUUUCCAGUAUCCAAGGUAAUUGCAGAACCGUUCCUGGAAUCUCUGGAACCGAUUCUAGAAGACUCCCGAGUAGAACUGCGUGUGAUACACUUGGUGCGCGAUCCACGUGCAGUUAUGUCGUCUCGCAAGGAUGUAUUUUCGGACGCUAAAAAUACAUUUGCUAUCAAGGGGAAUGUCAACUAUCUAUGUAAUAGUCAGCGACGUAAUUUACGUUUUGCUGAAUGCAUGAACAGUUUGUGUGAUGGGGUGAAACCGAGUCGACUUUGGAAAGGCAGGUACAAAAGAUUGCGUUUCGAGGACGUUAGCGCACGACCGUUGGAGGUCGCUCGUGAGGUGUAUAACUUUGUCGGUUUGAACUUCAAUUCUAUUAUUGAGAAAUGGAUUAAACUGAACACCCGGGCAGAGGCUAGUCAAAGUUCAAACAAGUUCAGUACAAAGAGAGAUUCCAUGAGUGCUGUUGGGCACUGGAGACAAUCUUUAUCACUAAACGAAACGUUAAUCAUUCAGAGUGCGUGUUUCGACAAUAUGUCAAAGCUAAACUACACUCUUAUUAGCAACGAACAUGAUUUAAAUAAUACGAAACUGAACCUUUGGUAAAGUUAAUAUUGUGAAACAUAUCAAGAAGUGUCACUGUGACGGAUAGCAUUUCUAUUUUAUACUGAUUCGAUGUUUAUAUAAGUUAAACUUUUUAUCACUUUACAAA